AUGUCCGUUUUUGAAAAGUAUAUGCGUGCUGCUGAAGAAUUGAUUAGCAUUGAGGCUAUGUUUACUGAAGAGGACUUUUCGGGAUAUACCAAUGAAGCUUAUGAAUUUGAAAAGAAUGAAUUGGGCAAAGCUUGGGCAAAAUACAAAAAACUUUAUGAAGAGUGUUCUGUAGAUACUGUAGAGAAAAAAAAGGAACUAGUAGUAGUUCAAACCAAACACCCACAAGUGCGUAAAACAUAUGUAAGGUUUCAUGCUCUAGAAAGUGUUUCUGACAUCAUAGCUACAAAUAAUGCUUAUGCCAGUGGUUCCCAAACUGUUUCUAAUAACAGCAAUCAUACUACAACUAAAGUUAAGCAAUUUAAGGCCCAUCAUACUAAAGUUGACUCGAUGCAGUGCAAGCUAUGCAAAGAAAAUCAUAAAAUUAGUUCUUGUACUAAAUUUUUAAAUAUGGAUUACAAAAAUCGUGUUUCAACUUUGAAAAAAUUUCGAUUUUGCUUUAAUUGCCUUAGUAUUGGACACAUGUAUGGAGAUUGUAAUAGUCCAAAUGGUUGCUCCAAGUGCAAGAGAAAACAUCAUACGUUAAUGCACAGGGAAUUUUUAAAAAAUAAUAAUAAUCAACGUCAGAUAAAUGGCAAUUCGCAAAGUGAAAAUCAAGUUAGUGUUGUUCAACAAAUACAGUCCACGAAUACUCCUGGACCAUCUGGAAUGGUUCAGUCCACGAAUACUCCAGGACCAUCUGGAAUUGUUCAGUCACAUCACACUUCAGUUGCAAAAAAGGUUAUGUUAGCCACAGCAUGGGUUAAUAUUAUAAAUUUUGGUUCAUAUUAUAAGGUACGAGCUCUAAUAGAUCCAUGUUCUGAUGAGAGUUUUAUUUCUGAAAAAAUACAACAUUUAUUGAAGUUGCCCACUAGUCCAGUAUCAGCUGAAGUUACCGGUCUAGGAGGAGAUGUUAUAAGCAGGUCUUGUAAAAUGGCAACAUUUGUUAUUGUAUCACUUUUUGAUCAGAAUGUGUCUCUUAAUGUUCAAGCUUUGGUCGUUUCCCGUGUUACCGGCAAUGUCCCUACACACUCCUUUAGGCCCUCGUCUAAUGUUGAACUACCAAACCUUAGUUAUGCUGAUCCAAAAUUUUAUGAAAGCGGUGAAAUAGAUUUGUUAUUGGGAGGUGAUUUGUAUCCUCUAAUUCUUCGUGGUGGAGUUCAACAUGGUAUUUUUGAAUCGCUUGUGGCUCAAGAGACAAUUUUUGGUUGGAUUGUCACUGGCCCAACACCCAGUAAUGUUUCCCCACGAUCUGUAAGAAUGUCUUAUAUGACAAAAGUUUCUAUUGAUGACCAGUUGACAAAGUUUUGGGAGUUAGAAGAAGUUUCUCGUAGAAUAGUUUUAUCAGAAGAGGAUAAAAAAUGUGAAGAAAUUUAUAGUUCUACUACCACAAGAAAUUCUGAAGGAAGAUAUAUCGUCAGUCUACCCUUUAAGAGUAAUUUUGUGUCACUUGGUCCUAAUAGACAUAUUGCUCUUAGCCAAUACCUAAGAACUGAAAAAGCUUUAAUGCGUAAUCCAGAAUUUAAGGCUCAAUAUGAUGAGGUCCUAAAGGAAUAUUUAGCUCUAGGACAUAUGAAGAAAAUUAAAAAUCAAGAAAGCAGUCCAAGUUAUUAUUUACCUCAUCACGGAGUAUUCAAGCCAGAAAGCACAACUACUAAAUUAAGAGUUGUUUUUAAUGCUUCGAGCAGGUCAUCAAAUGGCAAAAGUCUCAACGACUUAUUGUAUACUGGCCCAAUAUUACAAACUGAUCUAGUAACCCUAAUAUUGAAAUGGCGAUUUUUUCAAUAUGUCUUUAAUGCGGACAUUUCAAAAAUGUACCGCCAAAUAUUACUAAAACCGGAACAUAGACCAUUCCAAAAAAUUGUUUUUCGUAGUUCCGAGACCAAUCAGAUUGAAGAUUUCCAAUUAAAUACAGUUACUUUUGGCUUAAAUUGUGCGCCUUAUUUGGCCCUUAGAACUAUUCUUCAAUUAGCUGAUGAUGAAGAGCAACGUUUUCCACUUGGUUCUCAAAUAUUGCGUGAGUCUAUGUACGUUGAUGAUGCUCUUGUUGGAACACAUACAAUUUCUGAUGCUUUGGCAGCAAGGGACCAAUUAAUUGGUAUUUUAUUGACAGCUGGGUUUGACUUACGAAAGUGGACCUCAAACUCUAAACAAAUUUUAAAAAAUUUGCCCCAAGAGCAUUUACUAAAUUCAGAAUUUUUGUCGCUCGACGAUAAAAGUACUACGAAAACACUCGGAAUACAUUGGAAUGCGAUAGACGAUGUCUUUUAUUUUACUACAGAAAAAAUAAUGAGGAAGCAAGCCUAUACAAAGAGAGAAGUUCUUUCAAUAAUAGCAAGGCUCUUCGACCCUGCUGGUUGGUUGGCUCCAGUGGUCAUAACUGCUAAGAUCUUAAUGCAGCAAAUGUGGUUAGAUAAGAUAGAGUGGGAUGACGCUAUUAAACCAAUGGCUCUGAAAAAGUGGCAAGAUUUUAUUUUGAGAUAUAAUGAUAUAGACUCUAUUAAGCUUCCUAGAUGGAUUCAAUAUUUUCCAGGCUGUCAGAUUGAAUUUCAUGGGUUUUGUGACUCGUCGGAGUUAGCUUAUGCAUCCACAAUAUACGUAAGAAUAGAAAUUGGUAAUAAAACUUGGACAAACUUGCUCGUUUGCAAAACGAAAGUGGCUCCAGUAAGAAAACCCUCUCUACCACGCUUAGAGUUAUGCGGAGCGGUUCUUUUGGCAAAAUUAGUUAGCAAUGUAAUUCCCAACUUUAAGCUCAAAACAUAUUCCUUAUAUUUGUGGUCCGAUUCCACGAUAGUUCUAGCAUGGUUACGAAAACCACCGUGUAAUUGGAAAACUUUUGUGGCGAAUAGGGUGGCUACAAUAUUAGAAAAAGUCGGAAAUAAAAACUGGUUUCAUGUAUCCUCCAGUUACAACCCUGCAGAUCUAGCAACCCGGGGGCUGACACCUUCGGAGUUAAAAGAAAACAAACUUUGGUGGCAUGGUCCUGAAUGGCUCAAAUUAGAAAAAUCCUCUUGGCCCAUAGUUCCAUCGGAAUUUGAAACCGCAGAAGAGUCGAGGAAAGUGCAAGUUAAUAUUGCUAGAUCGUCCGAAAAGGAGGAUAUACUUGAUCGUUUUUCAAAUUUAUCCAGAGCUUACCACGUAAUAUCAUAUAUGUUCAGAUUUUAUAAUCUUACAAGAAAGCGCAAUUCUAAAAACCUCAAGUAUGAAACAAGGAGAAUUUCGGCUCAGGAAUUGGUUUUCGUACGUACUCGGUUAUUUUUUUUAUCACAACAACAAGAAUUUUCGAAUGAAUUCAACUGCUUAACUUCUAAGAAGAAACUUGAUUCUCGUAGUCCUUUAUUAACGCUCACGCCAUUCAUAGACAAGAAUAACAUAAUUCGUGCUAAUGGUCGUCUUGGUUCUACAUCAUGUUUAUCCUACAAUGAACGACAUCCCAUUAUACUUGCGUAUGGUAGCAGAUUAGCUCGCCUUUAUGUUGAAUUUGUUCACACAUUGGUUCAUCAUGGUGGCCCUCGUCUAGUCUUGAACAUCGUCCGGCAAGAGUGUUGGAUAAUAAAGGUUAAAAAUUUGAUUAAGACAGUUAUUCAUAAUUGUAAAGUUUGUGUCUUAUAUCGCAAAAAAUUACAAACCCAAGUAAUGGCAGCUUUGCCCGAAGAAAGAACUACUCUAAGUCGUCCUUUUACGAAUACCGGCGUUGAUUUUGCGGGCCCAUUUGAAAUCAAAAGUUUCACAGGUAGAUACUGUAGAAUCACCAAGGGCUACGUGUGUCUCUUUGUUUGUUUUUCUACUAAAGCAAUCCACCUCGAGGCAGUUAGUGAUUUGUCUACUCCAGCGUUUUUAGCAGCUCUAGCCCGAUUUGUUGCCCGUCGGGGAUGCCCAAGUUCUAUUUUCUCAGAUAACGGAAGAAAUUUUGUUGGCGCUGCAAGAGAAAUUGAUGCGAAUUUUGAAAAACAUGUUAAAGAGCUACGUGACACUGCGGUCGAAAAUUAUGGACAUCAACAUCUAGUUUGGCACUUUAUUCCUGCUGCAGCCCCUCACAUGGGAGGAUUAUGGGAGGCUGGAGUAAAAAGUCUAAAAAUGCAUUUCAAGAAGACAACUGGACAACUAAAAUACACGUUUGAGGAGUUUUCAACACUUUUGGCGAAAAUAGAAGCAUGUCUCAAUUCGCGCCCGUUGGGGCCUAUGUCAGAAGAAGUCAAUGAUUUGUCUGCUCUAACUCCAGGGCAUUUUCUAAUCGGUUCUACUCUGCUUUCUCCAGCCGAACCGGAAGAACUUUCUUCUCCACUUAGUAUUGUAAAUCGAUGGCGCAAAAUAAAAUCGCUACAACAAGAAAUUUGUCGACGGUGGAAAGACGAAUACUUAAAGGAGCUGCACAAGCGUAACAAAUGGAAAUUUCCCCAGAUAGAUUUAAAAGUAAAUGACCUUGUUGUUCUAAAAAAUGAGCCUGUUUGUCCUACUGAAUGGCGCUUAGGUCGCAUAAUAAAAGUUCAUACAGGCAAUGAUGGUAAAGUUCGUGUAGCAGAUAUAAAAACUCAAAAUGGUAGAAUCACCCGACCGAUCCACAAAUUAGUAAUUUUGCCGAAUUGUACUACUUAA